AUGAGGGCAUCGCCCCGCUUGUCUGCAUCUUUUUCUUCAAGUGCCAUUUCUUCCACUCCUACUGCGGUGGCCGCUGCCGCUUCUUCUUCUUCGUUGGAUGGUACACUGCAAGAGGUGGAGCGAUGUUUCUUGCGCCAUGUGAUUCCAAUGCGUGUACAGGGUGCAGGAUCUGCUGCGGCUCUUUACCGGCAUGCUUUUCUUCAUCAGGAGAGCCUUAUCCAACGUGUGCUUGGUGCACUGGAGUCUGUUCCACUUCCCGCUCUUCCCCGCAUGCUUCUUGCGGAGGGUUUUCAGCGGAUGUUGGAUGGGGAAACGCCACAACGGGAUAUUCGAGCUCUUUUUGAGGAAGCGGAGAAUGAGGCGCGACGCGUUUUGAUUCAAGCCGAAUCCCAUUCUUCUGUGAAUUCUCAGCAUUGUGACGGACAUUUCUAUGCGGCUAUCAAAACCAACCCAUUGAUGCGGUUGUUGGCGUACGAACUGCGAGCAGCUUGUGGGUACUAUGCGCAAAUAAUGUCAAUUCGAAGCCAACCUGAGGAUGGAGCUGCGAUGCUGCUACGCACACUCAUUGCGGCCGAUAUUCGUACUGAUCCUUUUUUAGUUGACGUUAUGCUAAAGUUUGCCGCGCUGCGCCGAAAUGUGGAUACGGGAGAAAGACUGGAAGCCUGUCCAUCGCCCGUCGAGGAGUUUGUUAAGGAAUGUCUGUUACUGGAGCGUGAUGCCUUUGGUAGAUUUCGUUUUGAUGCCCGUGGUGAUAACCGCCACCUCUUGCACUGCAUUAAACUUUCUGAUAUUACGAGGGCCCCGAGGGAUUUUGCAGUUUUACUGGAUCCAGUGCUUCGGCAGCACGGCAAUUUUUGCAUUCAAAGCACAUCUGUGCAUCAGGGGAGGUGGAUGGAGCACCGGCUGUCGUGUGCGGAGGAGUCACACCGCGUCGAUCCGCACCUCCCACUGCUUGAAACUGUUGAGGUUCCUUCUAACAAAGAAAGUGAACUUUCUGUCGGUGAUGCUGUUGGUGUUGCUCACGGAGUAUCUGGCAGGCCGCCGCUAGUCUUUUUUGUGCGGUACAACGAUCCCAUGUGUCGCCGCCAUAAGGAGACAACGCGGGAAAAAGGGGCCGAGAAGGACCACCUCGAAGUGUUUGAACUGGCCGUGGAGGACAAAAGUCGCACAUUUUGGGAGAAGUGGUUUAUGGAUCGCUGA